AUACAAAGCCCAAGACCAAAAACAAAAACCAAAACCCCAGUUAGGGUUUUACAUCAACCCCCGCCUGCUCUUCCUCUGUCGUCACUCUCUGCAAAUCUCAACCCGUAGAGAGACCGUGUCAACUCAGCAAUGGCGGCAAAAGCAAGGAACCCGAGAAAGACCCGAAACCCAGAUCUCGUUCGCGGGGUGGGUAAGUUCUCGAGGUCCAAAAUGUACCACAAGCGUGGUCUUUGGGCUAUCAAGGCCAAAAACGGCGGCGUUUUCCCUCGCCACGACGCGAAGCCGGCGGCGGAGACCCAGCCUGAGAAGCCGCCCAAAUUCUACCCCGCCGACGACGUCAAGAAACCUCUCGUCAACAAACGCAAACCCAAGCCCACCAAGCUCAGGGCUAGUAUUACACCAGGGACGGUGCUGAUUAUAUUGGCUGGAAGGUUUAAGGGAAAGAGAGUUGUUUUUCUUAAGCAGCUUUCUUCUGGGCUCCUGCUUGUUACUGGUCCGUUUAAAAUUAAUGGUGUGCCUUUGAGACGUGUUAAUCAGUCUUACGUGAUUGCCACUUCUACCAAGGUUGACAUUUCUGGGUUGAACGUUGAAAAGUUCGAUGAUAAAUACUUUGCUAAGGAAGUUGAAAAGAAGAAGAAGAAGGGAGAGGGCGAAUUUUUUGAGGCCGAGAAAGAGGUUGAUCUCUUCUUGUACAUGUUAAUGGCAAGUAUGUCAGUUAUUGGAGAAUUACAUUCACUGUGCCAAAGCUUCUGGUGGAAACUUUUCGUUGUCUCGCUACUAAUUAAUAUUUCCCGAACAACAAACUGUAGGAGAAGAAUGUGCUCCCGCAAGGAAAGAAAGACGAUCAGAAGAGUGUGGAUGCUUCAUUGAUAAAGUCCAUUGAGGCUGUCCCUGACUUGAAGACGUACUUGGCGGCAAGAUUCUCUCUCAAGGCUGGGAUGAAACCUCAUGAGCUUGUCUUUUAGACCAUUAUCCUAUAAACUACUACGCCUUAGGAUAAUUUCUGCACUUCGGCUUGUUUUUUUCGCUUAAGAUCAUCAGCGAACUCGGAAUUUUCACUUUGCCGGUGUAUUCAAAUUUAUACUCAUUUUGGUUUGGUUUUGAUUACUACUGCUUUCGGCACAUAGAAAAUACCAAGUGAAAUUCAUAUGAAAUGAACAGGGGAUCAUUCGAAAUCA